UUGACUCUUGAACACUGUUUAGCCGCCAGUCUGUUCAACCUCUGGGCAAUCAGGUUCAUGUGGAGACUCCCAAGCGCCCACGCCGCGCUUCGUGGAGUCCGGACGGCGGUGGAGCGGUGCAGCCGGGCCGGGCCGGUGACCGAAGAAGCGGCCAGAGCCAUGGAACGCGCGGUAGUGCGCUGCGUUCCCUCGGAGCCCAAGCUGAGUUUGUCAUUUGCACUGGCCGACGGUAGCCACAAGAAUAUGCAACGCGACCAAACCGAGCCAUUGGGUCGGGCCCUGAGUCGGAUCGCCACUAACGCCCUCAAGGGCCACGCCAAGGCUGUCGCCGCCAAGAAAAGCAGGAAGAACCGACCGAACACGAGCAGCGGCGCGGCCUGUGCGGGGCCUGGGCCCGAGCCGUCGGCGCCCGUCGAGCCGCUAGUGAAGCUGUACUACCGGGAGGAGGCGGUGGCUGAGGACGUGCUCAACGUGGACGCCUGGCAGGACGGCGCGGUGCUGCAGAUCGGCGACGUCAAGUACAAGGUGGAGCGCAAUCCCCCCGCCUUCACCGCGUUGCAGCUGCCGCGCUACAUUAUGGCCGGCUUCCCUGUAUGCCCCAAGCUCAGCCUUGAAUUUGGGGAUCCCGCCGGCUCCCUCUUCCGCUGGUACAAAGAAGCCAAGUCUGGGGUCGCCGAGCCUGAAGGCGAGGGCCCGUCGUCGUUGUCUCCCUCCUCGCCUUCCCCUAUUUGGACCGAGACUGGUGUGAAUGAGCGCGUCUACACUCCGUCCAAUUCGGAUAUUGGGCUACGGCUCAAGCUUAUUUGCACCCCGGGCAAUGGUCAGCGCUUCGGACCAAGUCGGGAGUUGGAAAGCGUUUGCUCGGUGGAGGCAGGGCCCGGCACCUGCAGCUUUGACCACCGACAUCUGUACACCAAGAAGGUGGCCGACAGCUCUCUCAUCCGCACGGUCUCCUACAACAUCCUGGCCGACACCUACGCCCAGACGGAGUUUUCCCGGACGGUCCUGUACCCGUACUGUGCCCCCUACGCCCUGGAUGUCGACUACCGUCAAAACCUGAUCCAGAAGGAACUCACAGGUUAUAACGCCGACCUCAUCUGUUUGCAGGAGGUGGAUCGAGCCGUGUUUGCAGACAGCUUGGUGCCCGCUCUUGAGGCCUUCGGGCUGGAGGGCGUGUUUCGAAUCAAGCAGCACGAAGGCCUGGCCACCUUCUACCGAAAGUCCAAGUUGACUCUCCUUAGCCAGCAUGACAUUUCCUUCCAUGAGGCCUUGGAGUCCGACCCACUUCACAAAGAACUACUCGAGAAACUAGCUUUAUACCCACCGGCACAAGAAAGAAUAUUUCAGAGAUCCUCUGUCUUGCAGGUUUCGGUUCUUCAGUCUACAAAGGACUCUUCAAAAAAGAUUUGUGUUGCUAAUACCCAUCUCUACUGGCAUCCAAAAGGUGGGUACAUUCGUCUCAUUCAAAUGGCAGUAGCCCUGGCUCACAUUAGACAUGUCUCAUGUGAUCUCUAUCCUGGCAUACCAGUUAUAUUUUGUGGGGACUUUAAUAGUACACCAUCAUCAGGAAUGUAUCAUUUUGUCAUCAAUGGCAACAUUGAGGAGGAACAUGAAGACUGGACCUCCAAUGGGGAAGAGGAAAGAUGCAACAUGUCUCUUACCCAUUUCUUCAAACUGAAAAGUGCUUGUGGUGAACCUGCUUACACAAAUUACGUUGGUGGCUUUCAUGGAUGUCUGGAUUAUAUCUUCAUUGACUUGACUGCUUUAGAGGUUGAACAAGUGAUUCCACUGCCUAGUCACGAAGAAGUGACCACCCACCAGGCCUUACCUAGUGUUUCACAUCCCUCUGACCACAUAGCACUUGUAUGUGAUUUAAAAUGGAAGUAGGUUUGUGUUUAAAUGGAACUUG